UUCAGAGAGCUGAACAUGAAUAUCAGCUUCUUAUUGUUUUUAAUAUUUUGUCAACAGCUUAUAGCUCAAAGUAGCUCGAAAUCGAUUCCAGAUGGAUAUUAUCACAGUGAUGCUAUUGUCACAAAAUGGACUCCAAGUAAAAAUGUUGAAAAUGUAUCUGUUUCUCCAAAUGAACAGCAAUUGAAUACAACGAAUGGACAUGGAUGGAUGAGGCAAACUCUCUUGAAAUUUGGUCAAGUCGCUUCGAAAAUUGGCAACGCAAUGGGAUCUCACACUAGUAAAAUAACAGCAGCUCUGGACAAAAUAUGUGAAGUAAUUAAAACAGUCGUUCCUCUAUUGGCUGCUGUGUGUCACGUGGGCGAAUUUGGGUUUUGUUCAGCUACAGAUGAAGCUCCUAUUAGGCUUUCGGAAGCUAUGAAUCCGAGUACUUUGGAUUUGGAUAGUUUGGAUAAAUAGUAACUGAGUGGUAGCUGUUAAUUUAAAAAAAAAAAACUAUUUCCUUUAUGUUGUAUGGGCGAAUUGAAUAAAUAAUUUUUAAGAUUGAUGAUUCUCCAUAUUGUAUGUUUGUUACAUUUGCAAAUAAACCUCAAACAGACUUAUAAUAAAAAGUAUAUAUUUAAUAUUAGUAAUAUUCAUAAUGGGUGAUAAUUUGUAAGCUAUUCCUUAGGAACGUCCAUAUCCUGGUCUUGAUGUUUGCUUAUGGAAUAAUUUCUGAAAAAUAAAACAAGAUGAAUAUGAGAAACUUUUUUAAAAUCUAGAAAACUGUAGAUAUGCAAGUUCCAUGAGAAGUGAGAAGUCUAAUUUGUACUCCCAAUCCAGAUUCUUUUUUUUUUCGAAAUAGUUAAGAAAUACUGCAAAAAAACACGUCAAUCUUCAAUGGAGAACAGGCUUUUCCUCACGCUAUGCGAAAGUCUUCGCACACCCGUCAGCCGCGUGCAAAACUUUUUUCUAGAAACAACUCUUUAUAAUAAUUAGCCUAGCUCUCAAAUUCCUAAUUUGUUUUCAAGACCAUUAACUUUCUUGCCUUAUCUUUGUAAUUUCGAAGCAAUUGUAGAAACAACUAUUUACAUACCAUAUGGGAGGAACAUAGUGCUUUUCCUCCCGCACGACGCGAUGCGGAGGGCAUAAUUAUCCAAAGAAGUAAUAAGGAAUAUACGUUAGAAACUACCUUAGACUGAGCAGGUAAAGCGCUGUCCUACGGACAUAAGGAGUAGGAACGCGCAAUUCUGCUAUGGAACCAAAGUGAAGCCAGUUUUUGGCAGGUGUUUGACACCAAAUGACAGGUAAAGCAUUGCAUUGCCUACAUAUACAGUGUGUCCGAAAUUCGAGUCUCUACAUGGGGAUUACGCUUAUUAUGAGAGAUACAGGGUGGCUCAAAUUAGGAAAGUUUUAGGGAAUUUAUUGAUCAUUUAUAUCCUGUUGUUAAAUUUGCUUCAAAGUUUUCUGUUUCCUAGAAAUCCGAGAAAAACUGAAAAUAGCCAAUUUUGUUUUUGUCAAUAAUUCAUAAACCGUUAACUUUAGAUUUUUCUAACUUUAACAUUAUUAAGACACUUUUUUGAGACGGAUAUUUUCGUGAUUUGGAAACAUUCCGAUCGUCGUUUGUUUUCGAGUUAUUAACCAAAACUUUCUUAUUUCUUAUGGCGGCCAUCUUCGAUUUCAACAAAAUAAUAUUCUGCGAAAAAAAUCCUUUAAAAUGAUGUAUUAUAAGCUAUGAAAACGUUUUGCAAGUCCUUCAAAUAAAACUCGAAUUAAAGAAUAUUUUAUUAAAAUAAUAAUACAAGAUCGAAUAGACUCUCAAAGACCGAAAAUCUGAGAGUGCAAAUUCGUCCUUCACGCAAAAACACGAAUUGUAUCUGGAAUAUCCAAAUUGGUAUAAUUUUUCCCGACGCGUAAAACCGAAAGAAGAAAGGAGGAAAAGCUGUAAUUCAUGUUGUUUACAUACAAAAAAAAAAAAUAUGUGGAAUACCUUACCUACUUAUUUUUUCUUUAUCCAGUAAAAUUGCCAGAAGACUUCAAAAAUACCGAUUCUAGGUAUUAAAUCAUACUUAUUUAGUUUUAUUCUCAUAACUAUGAGCAUUGUUGCCAAAUUUAGCAAAAUAUCGGUUCCAACUGUAAUUUUAAAGGACUUGCAAAACGUUUUCAUAGCUUGUAAUACAUCAUUUUAAAGGAUUUUUUUCGCAGAAUAUUAUUUUGUUGAAAUCAAAGAUGGCCGCCAUAAGAAAUGAGAAAGUUUUGGUUAAUAACUCGAAAACAAAAGACGAUCGGAAUGUUUCCAAAUCACGAAAAUAUCCGUCUCAAAAAAGUGUCUCAAAAAUGUUAAAGUUAGAAAAGUCUAAAGUUAACGGUUUAUGAAUUAUUGACAAAAAACAAAAUUGGCUAUUUUCAGUUUUUCUCGGAUUUCUAGGAAACAGAAAACUUUGAAGCAAAUUUAACGACAGGAUAUAAAUGAGCAAUACAUUCCCUAAAACUUUCCUGAUUUGAGCCACCCUGUAUCUCUCAUAAUAAGCGAAAUCCCCAAGUAGAGACUCGAAUUUCGGACACACUGUAUACCGCCUUUUUUUUGGUGCUAAAAUACCUGGAAAAAAACGGAUUCAUUUUCCAACUCCAUGUUACUACUUCUUUACCUUUACCUGCUCUAAGGAAAGUACCCUUUCUCAAAAUACAAUAUAGAUAGUUUUAAAAAUAAUUUUUUAUUGAGACGGCUAUUUUCGCAUUCUAUCUUCCAUUAUCGAAUAGUUAUUUUUUUAACAAGUGCGGAAAGUGAUACUUUCCCGCACGCGACUGCCGUUGACCCGAACGACGCGAAGCGGAGUUCGGGCAAGCAGUCGAGUGCGGGAAAGACACUUUCCGCAUGAGUUAGGAACAUUAUUUUUUCUACGAGCGCGUUCAAAUAUAAAAACAAAAACUAAGUAAAUUCGAAGCGAUAUAUUAUUAAAGAAAUCGUUUAAUUAUAAAAUUACUUAUUUUUAUAUUUUUACGUUUACUUUCAAGAAUGAUUGAAAAAAAUAAUGUAUUUAUUCGAUUUGAUGUUACAAUAAACAAAAUUUCUAAGGUAAAAAAACUGCCCCGCCUCAAAGGAACUAAAAAGUCAAACAAUGUCAAAAAAAAUUAUAAUUUUUUUUAAAUAUUCACAAAUUAGAUUAAUAUGGAUUAAAAUAGGAAUAUUUCAAAUAGUUUAUGAGCGCAUAAAUUAGUAUAUAUAGCAAAAAUGUAUGCAGACAAAAUUGAUAAAAUGUUUGAUUAAUUAACAAAACUGACACUUCCUCUGAACGCCAC